UCCACCUCGAAUUCGGUGUGCAUCGCCAACAACAACACUACGCCUUCCUCCUGCCCACAAUGCCGGGCCUCACUACUGCUCAGGUCAACGAGCUCUCCGCGACCAAUGUCGUUAUCCACCCCCUCGUGCUCCUCUCCGUGGUCGACCACGCCUCGCGUGUGCCCCUGUCAAACAAGAAGCGCGUGCUCGGCGUGCUGCUAGGCCAGGACGAUGGCAACACGAUCAAUGUCGCCAACUCAUUCGCGGUGCCAUUCGAAGAGGACGAGAAGGAUCCCAAGACAUUCUUCCUCGACCUCGACUACGUGGAGGAGAUGUGGGGCAUGUUCCGGAAGGUCAACGCCAAGGAGCGCCCAAUAGGCUUCUACCACACUGGGCCACGUCUGCGCUCAUCCGACCUCGAAAUCACUGAGCUGUUCAAGCGCUUCUGCCCUCGCCCCGUGAUGGUGAUUGUGGAUGUCCGCGCGCACGGCGGUCGCGGCGACACUGGUAUCCCGACGGAUGCGUACUUUGCGGUGGAGGAGAUUCGCGAUGACGGGACUGCGACCCAGCGGACGUUCACGCAUGUGUCUACGUCGAUUGAAGCCGAAGAAGCUGAGGAGAUUGGUGUCGAGCACUUGUUGCGCGACGUCACUGCAGCUGGCGGCGCGGCAUCAAGCUCGCUCCUCACGACGCAGACUCUGUCGAACCGCGUGUCGUCACAGCUUGAGUCGCUGCGGGGAUUGCACGCCCGUUUGGGCGAGAUCUCAGAGUAUCUGAACGACGUGCGCAAGAACAAGCUGCCGGUCAACCACCAGAUCAUCUACCAGGUGCAGGAGAUUGUCGGGCUGUUGCCGCAGCUCGGCGGAGAUGUCAACCUCGGCAAGGCGUUCCGUGUGCAGGUCAACGAUCAGAACGUCAUGAUGUACCUGGGGCUUAUCAUCCGCACUGUGCUGGCGCUGCACAACCUCAUUGACAACCGCAUCGCCAACGUCCAGCAGGAGAUUGACGACUCGAAGUCGCCAGAGGAGAAGCGGAACGAGGCGGCCGCCGAGGCGGCGGGCGUCAAGGCUGAGGACGUCAAGCGUGCCAAGGAGGAGAACGCGGACGAGGACGCUGAUAGCAAGUAGCGGGGGUGUACCAUUAUGCAUUGUGACGAUAUGUCGAG